AGGUGUAUUUACAGCUGAGAUUAGACAAAUAAUGUCGUUUAAAUGGCAGAUUUCUGUAUUACCCCUCUGUGCCCAGAUGUAUAGAUAUAUCGUUUGCUGACGUGUGUGGAUUUAACUAAAAGUACCAUAGAACCAUAGCCACCGCACGUCAAUUUAUGCCACAGAUAGGUCGACCGGGAAACCGGUUUCUGAACAACUGGUUAAAUUGUACUUGGGAAAAAAAGAGUAGUGGUGAGAGUCAAUGUAGUAUUGCCGUAUAGAAUAGUCCUUUGUGCUCACAUGCCAUCUUUAUGCAGAUAGACUUAUUGCACGAUAUUUGCUGCUCUUCACUUGCUUUCUAUCGGAGUGUGACUGCAGAAGAGCGUAGAUCCUAUCAGCUGUCGUUGGAUUCUUAGGAAGCGCUUUAGAGGUGACAGCCCCUAGCUUCCAGUCUUCCCCACUCUGAGUGCUCCCUCAACUCAGAGACUCAAUGCAACUGGACCAGGGGGCUUGUGGGUAUGAAGUGGCUGGGCCAAUCCAAGAGCAUGGUGUUGAAUGGCAGCAGAUACUCCACCAGUGAGCAGCAGCCCGUGAGCCAGACCCGCUCCCAGCAGCAGCUACACCCACAGAGGAGCUCUCUCCGACCAGGGACUGGCAGCAGGAGAUGUAGCCGCCGGUUCAGUGCGGCCAGCCUGGAGGCGGAGCGACGCUGUAUCCCGUCCUCUGGGAUGACCGCCAAGGAGCUGUGUGAGCACGAUGACCUCACCACCAGCCUCAUCCUUGACCCUUAUCUGGGCUUCCAGACACACAAGAUGAACACCAGGUUUCGACCAAUCAAGGGAAGACAGGAAGAGCUGAAGGACAUUAUCGAGCGGUUCAAGAAGCACGACAACCUGGAGAAGGCUUUCAGAGCACUCACCUCUGGAGACUGGUCCAGACACCACUUCCUACACAAGUCUAAAGCCCAGGAGAAGCUCUUCAAACAGCACGUGUUUGUGUAUCUGCGGAUGUUUGCGGCUGACAGUGGGUUUGAGAUUCUCCCGUGUAACCGCUACUCCUCGGAGCAGAACGGAGCCAAGAUCGUGGCCACAAAGGAAUGGAAAAGGAACGAUAAGAUUGAGUACUUGGUGGGCUGCAUCGCCGAGCUGUCUGAGAGCGAGGAGAACAUGCUGCUGCGUCACGGGGAGAAUGACUUCAGUGUCAUGUACUCGACACGCAAGAACUGUGCUCAGCUGUGGCUGGGGCCUGCAGCCUUCAUCAACCACGAUUGCCGGCCAAAUUGCAAGGUGAGUGUGACGAAGCCCAGGGCUCAAUACAAUAGGCUGCUACCCUUGGUGAGAGUGAUGAAGCCCAGGGCUCAAUACAAUAGGCUGCUACCCUUGGUGAGUGUGACGAAGCCCAGGGCUCAAUACAAUAGGCUGCUACCCUUGGUGAGAGUGACGAAGCCCCCAGGGCUCAAUACAAUAGGCUGCUACCCUUGGUGAGAGUGACGAAGCCCAGGGCUCAAUACAAUAGGCUGCUACCCUUGGUGAGAGUGACGAAGCCCAGGGCUCAAUACAAUAGGCUGCUACCCUUGGUGAGUGUGACGAAGCCCAGGGCUCAAUACAAUGCUACCCUUGGUGAGAGUGACGAAGCCCAGGGCUCAAUACAAUAGGCUGCUACCCUUGGUGAGAGUGACAAAGCCCAGGGCUCAAUGCAAUAGGCUGCUACCCUUGGUGAGAGUGAUGAAGCCCAGGGCUCAAUACAAUAGGCUGCUACCCUUGGUGAGAGUGACGAAGCCCAGGGCUCAAUACAAUAGGCUGCUACCCUUGGUGAGAGUGACGAAGCCCAGGGCUCAAUACAAUAGGCUGCUACCCUUGGUGAGAGUGAUGAAGCCCAGGGCUCAAUACAAUAGGCUGCUACCCUUGGUGAGAGUGAUGAAGCCCAGGGCUCAAUACAAUAGGCUGCUACCCUUGGUGAGAGUGACGAAGCCCAGGGCUCAAUACU